CAAUUUAUGGCUGAUGGGGCAAUGGGUCACAGUUGUUUUACUUUUCAAGGUCAAGCAAUUGCAUUCCAUCCUCACAAAAUUUGAUCUUUUUUUCUUCCUCAAAUUUUUAUGUUUUUUGUAAUAAGAAUAAACAAUUUUUCAGUGAGUGGCAGAGUAGACAGUUUUUCCCCUUCUUUUUUCCUUCUAGCGACUUGUUCCUUCUUGGUAUUGGAUCCGAUCUCUCUCCCACUACGCGAACUUUUAUACUCUUUCGACCUCCCGCCAUGGUUGAAACGAUGAAGAAGCUUUGAUUUCCUCAACACCCAUCUCCUUGUUCUUCUUCUUCUUUCUCGCCAUUGUUGGCCAGUUCUGGUUCAUCUUCUUGCAGGAAGAAGUAAAAAUAUAAGGGUUUCUACUGAGGAAAUUCAUCAUGUUGAAGAAAUCACCAAGUCGGAGCAGUAGGUCGAAAGGCAUCAAGGUGAAGCAUAUUCUGCAGAUUGUUCUGUUGGUUGGUGUUUGCUUUUGGUUAAUUUAUCAGGUAAAACGCUCCCAUGAUAAGAAGAAAGAAUUCGACCAGAAAGAUAAUGAAAUAACAAUAAAAACUCAAGAUGGAGGGGAUCGUUUGAAACUUGGAAGAAAAGACCUUGACCCACAGGUUGAGGAAGUUCAUCCAGGUGAGAAGCAAGAGGACGAUGAGGAAGAAGAGACGGGGGGUGAGGAAGAAGAAUCAAAGCAUGAGGGAGAACAGGGACAUGAAGAACAGAAGAACGAGGCAGUUGAUGAGGAGGAUGAAGGAACCAAGCAUGAAGAGGAGACCGAUGAUGAUGGGAGAGGAGGUGGCGAUGAGGACAUAGAUGAGAAUGAUCAAGAGAAGGUGGAUAAUGAAUCCGACCCUGAAGUUGAGAAUGCGGAUGAUGAGAGAUUGAAAGAAGACAGUGAUGAGGACACAGGAGGAAAUGAAGAGAGAGAUAAGGAGGAUCAAAGAGAAAAUGAGAAUUCUUCUGAUGAGCAGGAGAAUGACAGUGGUGACCGGAGCACUCACGAGGCACGUGAGGAGAACUAUAAGGGGGAUGAUGCUUCUAGUGCAGUGGCCCAUGAUGACCACUCUGCUACCUCAGAGACAGAGGAAGUGAAUUUAGAAAAUUCAAAUGAGAACUCGGAGCUGAAUAGCAAAGAAAAGAACAUUGAAUCAAGUGACCUCGAAGAAUUUAAAAGGAUUCACAACAGUUCCCGGCUAACAGAGGAAGUAGAUAAGAUGGCUAACAAUGAAACUUCAUCCAAUGAGAAUUUCAGUGACGUAAAAUUGAACGAAAACACUUCCCUCCUUACUGAUGAUUCAGUUCAAAAUUCAACCCUGACUACUCAAUUUGACGAUCAACCUGAAUCAAGCAAUAAUACAUCCUCUGCAACUACCGAGACAAAUAAGGUAGAGAAUGUGGAUUCUUCCGUGCAAAACGGAACAGAAAUUGGUUUGAAUCAUGCUCAAAAUGAAACCAUAGACAAUUUGACAGCCCAGAAUGAAAGCAUAGACAAUUUGACUGCUCAGAAUGAAACAUCUCUUCAGUCGUUGAUACUGACAAAUUUGAAUGACAAGGUUUUGGACAACAACAGCACUUCUCAGCCAAACUCUAUCAGUAAUGGUGAAAAUUCAAAUGUGGUUGAAGGCGAGACCUUAAAUAUCACUAGUAAGGCAGAUCUUACUGUUUCAGAUGACAAGACAACCGAACCAGAGAAAGAUAUCAAGACAAUUGAACUGGAGAAUGUUUUACCGACCUUGAUUACCCAGGAGAACAGUGAAGCUACUAAGAACGACAAGUCAGGAGAUAACGGUGAAUCCAAUGGUGAUAGCUCUGACUCUACAAACCAUAUUGAGGACCCAGUUCAAGAUGAUCCAAUUGAUUCAAACGAUUCCCAUGUAAUGGAACGGGUGGAUCUGGAUACGUUACCAGACAUUAGAAAUGAGGUUGACAACAGUGAAGAGACUGCAGAAGAAUGAGGAUUUGAAUAAUAGAGGUGGGUUCAUGGAAGUGCUUUUAAGUUUUCUGAUUUGUCUCUUUUUGAUAAGCAGUUGGUUGCCCAAGAUUAUGCUGAGUGUUUGUCUUGUAAUUGAGAAUUUGAUAAUCUAUACUCAAGAGGAUCUUGCUAUAGGAGGAAGCAAGUUUGUGCUAGUUAGUUAACUUUGUAUAAUCAAUUUCAAUUUUUCUUUGUUGAAUGCUUGGUUCUUUGGAUGUGAUAUCUGAACAAACUAUAUAGUGGCUUAUUGACAAUGCAGAAAGAUGUUCUUUUCAA